AUGCGUGAAAUUGUGCAUCUCCAAGCUGGCCAAUGUGGCAACCAAAUCGGCUCUGCCUUCUGGCAGACCAUUUCGGGCGAGCAUGGUUUGGAUAGCAGUGGCAUGUAUAAUGGGACCUCCGAACUACAGCUUGCGCGUAUGGACGUCUAUUUCAACGAGACAUCCAGCAACAAGUACGUGCCACGUGCCGUGCUCGUUGAUUUAGAACCUGGCACAAUGGAUGCGGUGCGCUCCGGCCCGCUUAGCCAGUUCUUUCGUCCCGACAACUUUGUCUUUGGACACUCGAGCGCCGGAAACAACUGGGCUAAGGGUCACUACACAGAGGGUGCUGAGUUGGUUGAUCAAGUACUGGAUGUGGUCCGUCGCGAGGCCGAAGGCUGCGACUCCCUCCAAGGCUUCCAAAUCACCCAGUCGCUCGGUGGCGGUACCGGCUCCGGCAUGGGCACGCUGCUAAUUUCCAAGAUUCGUGAGGAGUUCCCGGACCGUAUGAUGGCUACCUUCAGUGUAGUACCGUCUCCCAAGGUGUCUGAUACCGUCGUGGAGCCGUAUAAUGCCACGCUUUCAGUCCACCAGCUGGUUGAAAACUCAGAUGUGACUUUCUGUAUCGAUAAUGAGGCUCUGUAUGAUAUCUGCAAGGGUACCCUGAAGCUAUCGAAUCCUUCCUAUGGCGACCUUAAUCACCUCAUAUCAACCGUCAUGUCUGGCGUGUCAACUUCACUGCGCUUUCCUGGACAGCUAAACUCUGACCUUCGCAAGAUGGCCGUUAAUUUGGUUCCCUUCCCCGCCUACACUUCUUCAUGUGCUGUAUCUAUCCCCGAGCUUACCCAGCAGCUAUUUAACCCCAGGAACAUGAUGACGGGCUCUGAUUUCCGAAACGGCCGCUACCUGACCUGCUCUGCCAUCUUUCGCGGAAAGGUGUCUGCGAGGGAGGUGGAGGACCAGAUGUAUAAGAUUCAGCAGAAGAACUCGGCUUACUUUGUUGAAUGGAUUCCCAAUAACGUGCAGACGAGUCUAUGCUCUGUCCCGCCGCAGGGGUUGAAGAUGUCGUCCACUUUUGUUGGCAACUCGACCGCCAUCCAAGAGAUCUUUAAGCGCGUUGGUGAGCAGUUCACCGCUAUGUUCCGCCGCAAGGCCUUCUUGCACUGGUAUACCGGAGAAGGCAUGGACGAGAUGGAGUUUACGGAGGCUGAGUCCAAUAUGAAUGACCUGGUAUCGGAGUACCAGCAGUAUCAGGACGCAGUCAUCGACGACGACGUCUAUAGCGUGGAGGAGUAUGACGAGGAGAAGCCCGCCAAGGCCGACGCUUAG